AUGCUCAUGUGCGCUUUCGGAGCUCCAGUGCGAGUCACCGAGACGGACUUCACGGAGGGGAAAACACUGGCAUUAAGGCUAAAUGAUAAGGCGAGACAGUUAUAUGCAGAGGUCGAGACCCCGAACGAGGUGGCUGCAGUCAGCGACCCUCCAAUGAUGAUCAGGCCUGAGGACAGUUGUGAUCCUGAUAGUCUUAAGACCAAACCAGAGAUUUGCCUGUCCAGGGUUGUUCUUGCUUUAAAGAACUAUAGCAGGAUCUUUGGGGACAGUGGAAUAUUUCAAGGCCAAAACACUAACUGUGAAAAGUGGAGAGCAAAUGCUACAGAUAUAGCUGACGUGGCAGAACAAAUCCUAGAGACACUUAAGGAGCCGUCUGAGACUCCGACACCUAUAAUGGUGGAAAACUGGAUGGCCGAGGGCUACCUGUGCCGCGACAGCGUCGAGCGUCUGUUCUCCUUCUCCGUCGUGACAGCUCGUGUUUUUAGCCAUUUGUCCUCUCUUCAGCAGUCAGCUUAA